UAGCUCAUUGUUAAUCAUUGUUUAUAUUUUGGAUUCUAUUAUUUUAAUCUCGUGCAGUUAUUAUUGAGCUAGAAUAUUCACAAGAACCAGGGUUAUAGAGGACUAAAAUCAGCUUGAGAGGAAAUCUAAAGUCAGAACUAGUUUAGAAGAUUGACAGCUCCCAGGCGUACAACACAGUUCAGACACAGUGUUGCAAAAUGGAGGACGAAGACGCGAUGUCGUCGGAUAACAGCGUGCCUUUCGGCUACGGAGCUUCAGCAUACGGCAGUGAGGCUGAAGAAGAUGAGGAAGCUGUCGAAAUCCACAGAGCGCUAGCGCUCCAGACCAUGGAGUGGGAAUCAUUCACAGACAGAUAUGACGUGGAGCGAGCCGCAUCACCUGCUCCCAGUUAUGGAUCGAUGCACAGCGAUGAUUGGUCAGGAGCAGUGGCUGAUAAUCAGUGUAAGAUCGUGCUGCACAGACAAGACUCUUCAGCAUCAAGCUGUGGCUCUUCUUCCUGUGAUGAGAAGCCAGAAGAAGAACCCAAACAAGAAGAAAUGACACAAGAAAAACCAAGUGGUGCUCCUCCUCCUAAGCCAGAGCUAUUAAUUGAUCCUAAUGAGAAACGGCACCCUGCCCUGACUGUUGAUUUCGCCUUUAAGGUCCUCCAGAGCAGCCUGCAGCAACUUUCAAAGGAGAAUUUCAGACGCUUUAAGAGAAUCCUGUGGGAACAUUACCCAGAGCGCUUUCGAGAUCAGCUUGACAGCUUGGACAUUAUAGAUUUGGUGGAUAAAAUGUUGGAGCUCUGUGACAUAGAGGUGUCUCUGAAGAUCACACUGGUGCUCCUGAAUAACAUGAACUUAAAAAAAAUUGCUGAGCAACUGCAGGGACUGUGCAAGAGAAAUGAAGUCCGUUAUGAGUUGAAAAAUACACUGAGAAGGAUGUAUAAGCAUGUUUAUGAAGGCCUGACCCAGGAAGGACAACCUUUAGAGAACGUGUACACAGACCUUUACAUUACAGACGGUGGCAAAGCUGCAGUGAACAGCGAGCAUGAGUUUAGGCAGAUACAAGAGCUGCAAGAGGAUAGCCGCAGCAAGACAAAUCCACUAUCCUUCACAGACAUAUUUGAUCCUGAGGUUGUUGUGAGGAGGCACAUAAGGACGGUGAUAACUAAAGGAAGUCCAGGAAUUGGCAAAUCGUUUCUAGUUCAGAAGUUUAUCUUAGACUGGGCAGAAGGCAGAUCACACCAAGACAUCUUUUUUCUGCUUCCUCUGCCGUUCAGGGAGUUGAACCAGGUGACAGAGGAAACAAUAGGCUUCAUGGAUUUAAUCUGCAGAUUCUAUCCAGAGAUGAAAGAAGUAGAUAACCUUGAUUUUGAAGGCUGCCAGGUGAUGUUCAUCUGUGAUGGCUUGGACGAGUUCACUACUCCCAUUAACUUUCGCAACAUUGCAUACUGGUGUGACCACAAAGAGCCAACAAAAAUUGACAUUUUAAUCGCCAACCUGAUCAGGGGAAACCUGUUGUACUCUGCUUAUGUGUGGGUGACCACUCGACCCGUAACAGUCAACAUUAUCCAUGCUGAAUUCAUCCACCAGUUAUUAGAGGUUCGUGGGUUUUCAAAUGAACAGAGAGAAGCCUACUUCAGGAAGACAAUCCCUGAGAAGGGGAAAGCAGAAAGUGUCAUUGCUCACAUCAAGUCCAACAAAACACUCUAUAUUAUGUGCCACAUGCCACAGUUCUGCUGGGUGGUGCGCAUAUUGCUUGAGAAGGCUCUCCAAAGUGGGGAAUUUCCUAAAGGUCUUACCCAUUUCUACACUUACCUGCUGCACCUGCAUAUAAAGAUGCGAGGAGAGAAGCUGCUGUCACAAGACCCAGAGUUCUUCAUGAAGCUUGGGAAGAUGGCCUUCCAGCUACUUGAGAAUGAGGUGUUCAGGAUCGAGAAAGAGCACUGGACAGAGUACGGUCUGGAAGCUGAAGAUGCUGUGAUCACCGCAGGCCUCUGCACACAGUUCAACCGUGAGAAAUUUAUGAUGUAUCAUGAGAAAGUGGACUGCUUCAUUCAUCCAACGAUGCAGGAGUACUUGGCGGCUCUUUACGUCUUCCUUUCUUUCAAGAACCACAAGAAGAACGUUCUGGAAGGUCAAAAUUUUAAUGUGUUCUCAGGCUCAAAAGUGGAUCUUGUGGAUUUGCAUAAGAGUGCUGUAGACAAAGCAUUACAAGCCCAAAAUGGCAACUAUGACCUCUUCCUACGUUUUCUCUUGGGCAUGUCAACAGAAGCCAACCAGGAGCUGCUUGGCAUCUUGCAUUCCAGCAUAGGGUCUUACCAGCAAGCUAAGGAAAAGACAGCAUCCUACAUCAAAAAGAAGAUCAAGAUGCAUCCUGAUAGGCUAGAAAACCUUCAGAGAUGCAUAGAUGAACUUUCCUCUUAUCCAUAAAGGCACGGAACUGAUUUUACUACAUUGUUUUAUGUAUUGGACAUGGCAGAGAACAGUUUAAUCAGAGUAUCUGUGAAUAUACAACAGCUAAAAAUUUAUUGACCAUAGCCAAUCUGUUGCUGUGUAGUUUGGACUAUUCUCAGCACAACAAACACACUGACAUGGUAUUGGCAUGAUAGAGUGUAUGGUGCUGCUGAGAGUAUCAAGUGCAGCAGUGUUACAGGUUUUUAAGCCACAGUGUCAAUGCUUGGUUGUGGAACUUUCCACCAACCAAAAAUAACAGCAUUGCUGUGGCCAGAAACUGAUACGGAUGGAAUUGUACAUGGAAACUACAGAUACUUCUCAUUUCCUUAAUUGUACCUCCUUAUUUCCAUUCUUUGUUUGAUAGCUCCUCACUCAGAGGAGUCAAGGAAAGGAUACAAGUACAGUAAAUGAGGACAGGAGGAAUCAAGAACAAACAUAUUUACCAGCUAAGACUUUUCUAGCUCAUUGAAGCAUCACUUUAAGGUGAAUUGAUUUAUAUAAGCAGGUUGAUGUAUUGACACUUGCUAAUUAAAAUCUUGUUGAACAUGUACAUUA